AUGGGUUGUGUGAACUCCAAGAAAGCUCGAAGAGGAAGAACCAACACGGUUUCUCCUGUUGGGCCUUAUGUUUAUAAGACGAGUUCGCGAAAAAGGAGCAAUGGUUCUGGUAGAAGCAUGGUGGUGGAGGCUUCUUCUUCUUCUAGAGGACAUUCUGGUGUUCUUGCGAAUCAACAGCAGCAACAACAACAGGAAGAAAGGAAAAAGGGAGAUUUGAAUGUGAGGAUUGGUUUGUCGCAUAGGUUUGUUGAAGGUGAACAGGUUGCUGCUGGUUGGCCUUCUUGGCUUACUUCUGUUGCUGGUGAAGCCAUUCAUGGUUUGGUUCCUCUCAAAACUGAUUCUUUUGAGAAAUUAGAUAAGGUUGGACAAGGUACAUAUAGCAGUGUUUUCCAAGCUCGUGAAGUCGAGACAGGGAAGAUGUUUGCGUUGAAGAAGGUGCGACUUGACACACUUCAACCGGAGUGCAUUAGGUUCAUGGCGCGGGAGAUCAUAAUUCUCCGGACACUUGACCACCCUAACAUCAUGAAAUUAGAGGGUAUAGUCACUUCACAAUUAUCAAAUAGUAUAUACCUUGUAUUUGAAUACAUGGAGCAUGACCUCGCUGGCCUAAUAUCUAACCCCGAUAUCAAGUUCACAGACUCACAGAUUAAGUGUUACAUGAGACAGCUAUUGAGUGGAAUCGAGCACUGUCACCUACGAGGUAUUAUGCAUCGAGACAUUAAAGUAUCGAACAUAUUAGUUAACAAUGAAGGAAUUUUAAAGAUCGGAGACUUUGGAUUAGCAAACACCGUUAGCCAAAGUAGCAAACAUCCUUUAACAAGCCGUGUAGUGACUCUAUGGUAUCGUCCUCCUGAGCUUUUGAUGGGAGCAACAAACUACGGAGUUACAGUCGAUCUCUGGAGCGUAGGGUGUGUGUUUGCCGAACUUUUUCUAGGGAAGCCCGUCCUUAAGGGGAGAACUGAGGUUGAACAAUUGCACAAGAUAUUUAAGCUUUGCGGGUCUCCGCCUGAAGAGUUUUGGAAAAAGAGUAAGCUUCCGCUUGCAACAAUGUUUAAGCCUCAGACUAGUUACGAAAGCUCGCUUGCGGAGAGGUGUAAAGGCUAUAUUCCUCUAUAUGCUGUGCAUCUACUUCAGACCUUACUCUCCAUUGAUCCAACGAAUCGCGGUACUGCCUCUUCUGCGCUUAUGUCCGAGUAUUUCAACACCGCACCGUAUGCUUGUAAUCCAUCACUCCUGCCAAAAUAUCCACCAAGCAAAGAAAUGGAUGCUAAGAAUAGGGAUGACAUGCAAAGGAAAAAGAAUGGAGGUAAAGUGCGAGAGCGAGAUGCUGUGACGUCUGGAAGGCAAAGACGGGGCCAUAAAAAUGCGCAGGAUCCUCACAAUGUCAGCAAAGCAGCUUUGAAAGAGGGAAUGCAGAAUAUUUCUCUAAACGCUGGUAAAGACGGUAAAGAGGGUGAUGGUAAAAAGGGAAAAGGAGGCGCUAUGCACAAAGAGCAACAAAAACAUUUGUACGACACCAAAUCAGACACUGCGGAAAAGGUGAACGGUUACGACGGCUAUAGUGCGUACACAGGACCGACACAAGUCUCAGGAUCUAGUGGCUUUACGUGGGUGAAAAGACGAAAACCAGAACCUUCAUCAAUAUUAUCAGAUGGCUCAAGAAGCAAAAUCAGCGCAAUGGAUCCAACCUUUGCGAAAGGCACAUAUGAAUUAACAAAACACGGGAUGAAUGUUUCAGAAAGGAAACAUAAUAAUUACAAUGCAAGUCAUCGCAACGAAACUUCCAAGAACGCACUACCAAAGCACCUGGGUCAUAAUGGUCAAUCUGAAUCGUUUGAUGCAGCUGAUAUAUAUAAUUCCAAUUAUUACAUGGAUUUUGAUCUCGCAGAUAAAACGGAUACUCAUAAAAAUGCGCAGGACCAUACAAACUAUGAUGAACCUGUGGAGCUAUCAGUACCAACUAUGACCGGAACAGAUAAAAAUGGCGAGUUAAGUUGGAACGAAAAUAAUAAGUGGCGACAAUCUCUUCGUAAAUCAAGGUUGGGAAGAGACAAAUGA